CCAACAAGCGGCAAGGAAAAUGUCGCUAACGAGCUUCUUGCCAGCACCCACACAGCUGUCCCAGGAUCAGCUGGAGACUGAGGAGAGGGCACGGGCACAGAGGUCCCAGUCCACAGCUUUGGUGUCAUCCCGAAGGGAACCUCCACCCUAUGGAUUCAGGAAGUCAUGGGUACCCCGUGGUUUGGAGGAUUUUGGCGAUGGGGGAGCAUUUCCAGAGAUCCACGUUGCUCAGUACCCCCUGGAGAUGGGGCGAAAGAAGAGAACCUCCAACGCUUUGGCGGUCCAGGUGGACGCUGAGGGCAAAAUAAAAUACGAUGCCAUUGCCCGACAGGGCCAGGGCAAGGACAAGGUUAUAUUCAGUAAGUACACCGACCUGCUUCCCAAGGAAGUACUCAAUGAUGAGGCACCAGAGCUUCAGAGACCAGAUGAGGAGGCCGUGAAAGAGCUAACGGAGAAAACUCGAGCAGCCUUGGAGAAACAGGUUUCCCAGAAAAUUGCAGCGGCCAUGCCCGUCCGUGCCGCGGACAAACAGGCGCCGGCUCAGUAUAUCCGGUACACACCCUCUCAGCAAGGCGUGGCGUUUAACUCUGGGGCCAAACAGAGAGUCAUUCGUAUGGUAGAGAUGCAGAAGGACCCCAUGGAGCCACCACGAUUCAAGAUCAAUAAGAAGAUUCCUCGUGGGCCCCCUUCACCUCCAGCUCCAGUCAUGCACUCACCCAGCAGAAAGAUGACAGUGAAAGAACAGCAGGAGUGGAAGAUUCCACCUUGCAUCUCCAACUGGAAGAACGCAAAGGGUUAUACUAUUCCAUUAGAUAAACGUUUGGCAGCAGAUGGAAGAGGCCUGCAGACAGUUCACAUCAACGAGAAUUUCGCUAAGCUUGCCGAAGCCCUGUACAUCGCAGACAGAAAGGCCAGAGAGGCUGUGGAGAUGCGUGCUCAGGUGGAGAAGAAGAUGGCCCAGAAAGAGAAAGAGAAGAAAGAGGAGAAGCUGCGAGAACUGGCCAAGAUGGCCCGAGACCGCAGAGCCGGGAUCAAAGCCCACGGAGACAAAGGUGGCGAGGACACAGAGGUUAGGGAGCGUGACGAGAUCCGCCAUGACAGGAGGAAAGAGAGACAGCACGACAGGAACAUCUCCAGAGCCGCCCCUGAUAAGAGGUCCAAGCUUCAGAGAGACCAAGACAGAGACAUCAGUGAGCUCAUCGCUCUGGGACAGCCCAAUCCCCGCGCAACCAGCGAGGCCCAGUAUGACCAGCGACUCUUCAACCAGAGCAAGGGGAUGGACAGUGGUUUUGCCGGCGGGGAGGACGAGAUGUAUAACGUGUACGAUCAGCCCUUUAGGAGUGGCAGGGACAUGGCUCAGAGCAUUUACAGACCCAGCAAAAGCACCGAUAAGGAUAUGUACGGAGAUAACCUGGACACACUCAUGCAGACCAACAGGUUUGUGCCAGACAAGGAGUUCUCCGGCGCUGACCACGGUCAGCGUAGGGAUGGACCGGUUCAGUUUGAGGAGGAUCCUUUCGGUCUCGACAAGUUCUUGGAGGACGCCAAGCAGCACGGCGGCUCCAAGAGGCCCUCCACCAGCAGCCGCUCCAAAGACUACGACCACGAGAAGAAACGCAGGAAGGAGUGAGCGAGGUGGGGGAUGAUCCUGCCUCUGCUACUGCAAGCUUUAAAAGAGCUUCAAAGUCCAUCUCUGGAGCCGCGUCCCUUUUUUCACACUGUCUCGUUUUUAGCUGUUAUAUAAGGAAACCCUGCAGAAAUAUCAAGGACUUGAGUUAGCUUUUUCCUACAGGGAUGUUCUGGCUUUAUACCGGCUGUAUUUACCAGACAACGUACAAAUUCUGCCUGUGAAGUGUAUAUUAUUAAAGAAGUCCCUUGUUAUGUCUGUUAAAAUGUUACAACUCUGAUCUCAUUCCUGUAACCAUGGUUUUAAUACCCACUUUAAUAUAGGUUUUUUUUUUUUGGUUGGUUGGUUUUGUUUUUGUUUGUUU